AUGCAUAUGGAGCUACUUGUUGAAAUGCAUAGCAAUCUUAGUGCGGCUCACUUUAAUGAGCGAUGUGCUAAACAGUGUAUGAAGGUUGGAAAUAUCGACGGAGCGAUCUAUUACUAUAAAAAGUCUAUUGCCUUCAUGGAGCUAACGCGAGACGAAGUUGAAGAGGGCGAUCAUGAUUAUGUAAUAAUUGAUUUACAGUUAUCAUCACUGAAACUGAGCUUAAGUGAGGCGGUAUCGAGGAAGACAGAAAUAAUAUCUGGUGACCAGAACGUUUCUUUGAAGACAAUCCCUGCUGACCAUUCAUUUUAUAACAGAAAAUCAGCUGACUCUCCGUCAUACUUACCUUUAUCCUCAAAUCAAAUGUCCAAUAAAAAGGAACAAGGAGCUGCUGUUAAACUUCCUAAAACUGAAUUUCAAACACGUGAAGAAUUAGUUACCUGUAUCGAAGAACUUCGAAAACUUGUGGACAUGUUGGCAUCCCAGCUCAGUCGAGUUCGUCAAAUGCUUUCAGAAGAACGUGAACGUCGUCUUGCUAUAGAAGCGGAACUGAUAUCUUCAGGUGGUUUUAAUUAUCAAUCCAAUGAAUCCUUCACCUACCACAAUUACGAUGAUAACGAUGGUUUUGA